AAAAAAAAAAAAAAAAAAAAAAUGUACAGACCAGCAUGUGCCAAUUCCCCUGCCGCACCACUUCAUCUCCAGCAAAUAAAAAUCGUCCAAUGGAUGCGCAUCUGUACUGUUGAUAUUUCAAGUCCCGACUUUGCCUCAACUUAACUGCAAUCUCAUCCGGAUUCUUCUUUUUUUCUUUUCUGUUGCCUUCGGACUGAAGAAGCUCUCUUCCUCUUCGGUCAGACAUUCGUUUUAACUUUCGUUUCUCUUCCUUGUUUCUCUCACUUUCCUCGUUCUUCAUCCUCCCCUCUUCCUCUCCUCCCUUCAUCUGCCUUCUACUCUCUUUCAAUCUUCUACUAUCGAAGAUCAUUUCAAUCACCUCUGCUUUGAAACACAUUACUGUCGUCAUUGGACCAGAAAAAGAUUGGCAAGAUCAAGAAUUGAGAAAAUAACAGAUCUAUUGGUUGAGACGGGGAAAGCUCCGGGAUCUUCUCUCGAAACCAUGGCAUUCCCAUUUAUGCGAGCUUUUCUCGCUGUAUUUCUCUAUCGCUAUCUACGUUUGAUGGUCAACCUGUUUUCCUUCUGGACUUUCAAACCGAUUCCUCCUCCCGAAACUCCGAAAUUGACUGCCCAGGAUGUCACGGUAAUCAUACCGACGCUGGAAGGUUGUGGCGAUGAAUUGGUCGAGACCAUCAGAACCAUCCUUGAUAACCGGCCGUACGAACUUCUACUGGUCACCAUCGAAGCCAAUCGAAAGAAAGCCGAAAACAUGCUCAGUUCGAUGCCUGCCUCCAAGUCGAGAAUCCGUCUCUUUACCGUCACUCAUCCCAACAAGCGCCGCCAAAUGACUCGUGCUAUCCCAGAAGUCCGGACGGCCAUCACCAUGUUCGCCGAUGAUGACGUGAGUUGGCCGCGCACUGUUAUGCCUUGGAUCUUGGCCCCAUUCGAAAAGGAUGAGCGGUACGGUGGUGUGGUCACCUGCCAACGUUUGCGCCGUGCGACUUCCCCAACAUUCUCACAGCGCAUCUACAACUUCCUCGGGGCUCUGUACUUGGAGCGACGGAACUUUGAUUGUGCAUCUACGACACAUAUCGAUGGUGGCCUUCCUUGCAUGUCCGGACGCAGCGUUGCCUAUCGGACCAAGAUCCUUCAAGAUGAAGUGUUCACUUACGCUUUCACCAACGAGGAAUGGUGGUUUGGCAAAUACCAAUUGAAUGCGGACGACGACAACUUCAUCACUCGUUGGAUGGUUUCUCACGGCUGGGAAACGUUCAUGCAGUACCAUCCCGAGGCCGAAGUCCAGACUACCCUCGAAGAUAACCCCAAAUUCCUGAAGCAGUGUGCACGAUGGUCGCGAAGCAACUGGCGCAGUAACCUGACCAGCAUGUUUCAUGAAAAGCACAUUUGGUAGUAAGUAUUUUGCUGUCUCUCUUUUUCUUUUUCUUUUUCUUUUUCUCGGAUUUCCGCCGAAAAAAAAAAAAAAUCCGAGUGAUCCCUGCACUGGUUGUGGAAAUUAUUUCCACUUUUUUGUCCCCUCCAUUUUUGCCGUCCAGUGGAUGAACACGAACGCGUCUUAUGAAUCGGUGAAACGGUGAACGAACUGCCCCAAGGAAUUCGUGAUCAAGACCGAAUCAUCGUGCACCGUCAGCCUUGGAGCGCUUACGCCGUCCAUUUGACAACCCUGUCGCCUCCCGCUCUUAUCAGCGACUUGUUGCUCCUUUUACUCUGCCACAA